GAGAGAGCCAGUUGGUGGUGGGUGAGCAGGAACCGUGGCCUCUGAAGUCGCUCCAGUCAGUCGCUCGCAAUCAGCCUACCGAGGAACACGCAGCCGCUCUCCAGCCGUCUCUCAACCUUACGUCUUCUUGUGAUCUUUAACCGAGUCUCUCCCUCUCUUAUAUACCCUGUGUUUUGGAAGAUAGAGGAGAGAACAGCUAGAAGGAGGGAAGAAGUGUUGUAAAAGGAGGGGCCACCAUGGCUCUUAUGAGUGUGUCGAAUCGAGGGAGGUGGAUUCUCUCCCUCCUGGCUAUCCUCAGUUUCUUCGGGUUAGGCUUGGCUCGGGCUCUCUGCAAGCGAACAAUUCCAGGAUGUGUCGGCAACGACUGCACAGAAGAGAUCGAGUGUUUCCACGGCAUCUGUGACGAGGAUGGUAACUGCGAGUGCCUUCCCUGCUACUCUGGCACUAGCUGUUCCACUUACGAUGACAAGUAUGGUCCAAGAUUCGCCAUUCGGGAGGACACUGUCAUCAUCAAUGCUCAACAUCAGGGGGUGGUGUACAAGGCAGUAGCUGAGGAUGAGGACUUGGGUCUUACAUGUCCCUUAGGACCAGGACUUAACACCCGUUGUCCCUGUGCCACCAUCCACUACACCAUACUGGACGAGAACAAGGAAGUGCAUGACCUCUUCGGCAUCCAUGAUUCCUCCGGUCUCAUCUACCUGAAGCCUGAUGUCAAGAUGGAACCUGGUCGACAGUACCAUGUAGAAAUUAUCGCUUCCAGUACCAAGGACUCAAGAGGCCUGCCUGACCACCCGAUGUUUGACGCCCAAGUGCUGACUGUGGUUGUGCGUAGGGACGACACUCUCCAAGACCUGCUCCACCAGGAGGCCCUGCCAGAUGCCGUGCCCCUCGGCAACAACAUCGACCACGGCACUGGCGCUUCUCUGAUCAACACCUAUGAUGACGAGGAGGAUGAACAAUACGAGACGGAAGAAGAGGAGGACAAGAAGAGUCUGAGUGACGAGAAAGAUUACAACGACGGCGGCGGAAUUGACAACAAUAAUAAUUACUCUGAAAGUGUUGACCUCAUGGAACCAGAGACUCUAGUCAGGAAGAAGAGAGCCGCUGCCGGACCCACCGAUUCGGUUUCCACCGCCAAUCUAGAACUGAACAAGUUAGCCGGAGGUACAACCACACUGCAACCUGGUAAUUCUGUCGACUACGAAAUGAAAGUUGCUCUUCCAAAUCUCGUGACUGCCAUCGAUCUGAUAGUUGAAAUCUUCGUAAUGGAUGCUGUGUCUGGCAUCACCCAGUUCGCUCUCUGUGACGUGGUCAUUCAGUCCAUUGGUAGUGGGAUCACAGAUGAAGCAGGCGCGGCCAUCGCUCCAGCCGAUUUUUCCACCCGUUACGAGUACAACCCAUUCUUCCUAACCUUCUACGACCGUGUAAUCAUCGACUUCGGUAGGAUCAAGAACGGGGACACGUACACCUCGGGAACACCCCCAGACGAUGUCAGCACCAUCAGAAUCACCUUCACUGCUACUCUUGUCAAGAACGACGCCUACACCAAUGAUUCCGUCAUCGUCACAGCAGGGGCCGAGUAUGACUCCGAGAAGUGGGUCUGGGUUAGCCAGGAGACGCACAGCUUCGAUACCACAGCAGUUGCCCAUGAUCAAACAGUAACGAUGACGAGUCCGAGCAGCAUCGCACAAUACGCUGGUGGUGGCUUCAAGAUUGACGUCUACAUGAACGAUCCCUUUACCACGAUGCUCUUCGAAGUGUACACCCCGGACGGGAUUCAUGACAAGUUCUCAGUUUCCCACAUCUUCAUCUCUGCCAUGGGAAGUAAUUAUAUCUGCAUGGUGGACAACUCUCGAAAAGUGACCUACCAUCCGUCAGUGAGUGGACGCACCUUUCACAGAGCCACCAUUGAGGCCCAGAUAAUUUUGAGGAACCUGGAUUACGCUGAUCUCGCGGCUGCCUUAACUGACCCCAAUUUCAAGAUCGAGUUUGGGUUUAACAUAUUUAUCCUGGAUGCCGUGGCCGGGGAGUCGGUGGCUGUGGGGGCUGGGCUCGUCAUAGGCACCAACACCGUGUGGACUGAAAAUGUGACUGUGAGCGUGACAGCUGGCGUUAACCCGCCAACGGGCGGGGACCCUACCUGGCAAUCUAUCGUACCGUUAACCUCUACGGAAGUGGCCGAUGGCGGGACGGUGACGUGGGGAGUACCAGCUGAGAUCACCAAUGCCGGAUCCUCUUUCGUAGAGUGUACUGUCACACCAACUGCCCCACAUAAGGCUUGUGGUGUGAGUUAUGGCACCGCAGGACCCAACAUCGUCUCUUUCCCGCCUCUAACCUUCACCAAUAACUCCGACGGUUCCCUGGUCUUCUCAGCAUACAUAAACUCGACCGGUACCUUCGCUACUGCUAAUGCUGACCUCUUGGUGUUCGAGGUGUCCGUGCAAUUCAACGGAGCACCUUCGGACACCUCCAUUUCGUGCACAGGCGGAUCAGGGGAAACUCUAUCGGUCACAACUGGGACUGCGGGAACCGCCGACAUGCAGGGCACGGUAGACAGUGUGUCCUCAGACGUUAUCUGGUACGACGGGUCGCAGGCUGGACUUCUAAUCACCCUAACGCUUCCAGGUGGGGGCGUCCCCUAUGCCAGUAUGACGCUGGAAGCUGCUGGGGACCUCGACAUCACUGGGUGGGGAUCAAGGGCGUGUGGAGCAAGGAUUAUCACAGCAGGCGUUGGUGUUCCCUGCAUCGCUGGCAAAAUAGACCUCUUGAACGAGGGGGUGUCCCUGAUGAAAGGGAAAGCCGACUCGGUGUUCACAGACGGAAUACGGAUGGAACUCGGGCCGGCCUGUGGCACCAUCAGGACUGAGUCCUUGCCAGACUCCGCCUAUCAAGUGAAGAUUGCUGUCUACUACGAAAUUCCUAAACUACAAGCGAGCGCUGCAGGUGGUGCCUUCAACAUUAGUCUCGGGUUAAGUUUGAGUGACUCCCUCAUAUGGACAAGUUGGGGCUCGUUCACCUUCAAUACCGGAGCUCCUGCUUAUACGGCUGGUGAAGAUCCCACUUUUGGUAUAAAUCCCAUACCAGAAGUUAUCAUCGAUCCUGGAGUACCACAGAUGGUCAAGGUGGUGCUGAAGCCUCGUCCUGGUACUGUGGGUCACUACAUCAUUACCUUCUCAGUCGACGAUGUAACUCAAAUCAGUAUCUGCAGGAUAUUCAUUUUGGAAGUUGGACCCAGCUACCCUUGCUUGGACAAGGACCCAUACUUCAAGGAGGACUUACCCUACCAGCACGUCACCAUCAUCCACGAUUCUGUCACCUGGGGUUUAGAGGCUGUCCUUGACCUGGGAGUCGUACGUAACCUCGGUACUGGUGACCCCUACAGCUCCCCGAUUGCCGACGAUAACACGAUCGUGGUAGGAGUGUUGCUAAAGGGGGUAGCAGGAGGGACCGCCGGGGUACUGACAGCCUCCCUCUCCAACUCAGGUACUCUCACUCCGUCAGAAGCAAGCUUCACCGUCACAGCUAACGUUCCCAACACUGGCGGAGCUAUCAGCCUUGUAGCAGAAGCCAUGGACGGAACAGGAGGAGACUCCUACGACGGUGUCAUGAAGAUAAUAGAAUUCAAGUUAACGGUACCGGCUGACUACAGGAAGGAGGUCAUUGCUACCAUAACUAACACUGCCGUAGCUGAUAUCACCAUCUGCUUGGCUGCCCUGUACUCGGCCGGAGAUAACCUGCCGUGUCUCAUACAAUCAGAGGUUAUCUCCAACAAGACGGAGUCCACGGAGACCCAAGAAGUGAUGGAAGUGUUAUUAGGUACCGUCUGCCACUACCCGAUCUCCGAUAACUCCACAGAGGAUGAGGCUAUAAUCCGCGUGGGAGCCAUGUUCAUGCAAGGAGGACAGUCAUCGGCCACCGUCACUCUAGAACUCACUGAAGGAGGCGUUGCAGGGGCCAGCGCGAGCUUCCCUAUGACCAAGCUCGCGGGCCCGUAUAAUCCUGGAACGAUUAACGUUACAGGAAUGAAGCUUGAACCUCUCACGAACUCUUCAGCGAUUGUCACCCCCGGCAGCAGGGCCUGGCACGGCGUCGCUUUUACCAUCCCGAGAGAUGUCACCACCAACAUCGAGUUCUCGGGAAUGACCUCGACUGAUGGCGGCCGAGCUUACGCCACCAUCCAUGGCUUCCGAUUCUCGCGAGAAACUUCCGGUAAGAAUUUGGGUUGUCUCUUGGAUGACUGCCUACUGUACAAACCCAACAUCAUCCAGAACUCUUCAAUAAUCAAACAAUUGAUCCAUGAGUCGCAGACUGACACGUUAUCAGCCGACUUAUUUUACAUCACCAACACAGGGGUCUCGAAAAAACCAGUGGACGAUCAGCUGAGGAUUGAGGUUGACGUGAUGAUCGCUGACCAUCCGAACGUCACCGAUCAAACAGAGAUUAAAAUCUACUUCGCCGUAAAGGCAGGAAACACGAUAUUUGUCGUCCCUGUGCCUGUAAUACUGUCUAAGACGGGAGCAGAGACGCUCCAGAUCGCCACUCAGAUGUUCCUCACAGACAACACCACCACCAUGUUCAAUCAAGGGGAACGCGUGGGAGUGACCGUCAGAACAUUUCACACCAAUGAGUCCCAGGUGGAAGCCAACAAUGCAAAGAUAAGAUUUCUCAUGCCUCAGUACCUCUCCUACGAAGAUGGAGUCGAUGUGUGUACUGGAAACAUCUCUGGGAACGUCUCCUACCAGGGUUAUCUCGACUAUGAGAUCACCAAUUUGUUCUUCACGGACAUCCUAGAGCUGAACUGUACACUGACUGUGGAUGUGAACGUAACCCUGCCGAAGGGGUUGGGUCUCGUUAACGCUACCACCCUUAUGAGGCUCGUCUGUUCCACCAACUUAGACACGACCCUCAAGUACUGCGCCAAUACCUCCUACUUGCGGUUUGAAAUAGAUGGAUCAGAUUGCACUGAUCCUCUCGGGCUGGGUACGUUCACCUCUUGCCAAAUAACAGCAUCGUCUGCUAUCGACGUCGCUAAUGGACCCGACUUGGUCAAGCCUGGGUCUGGUGCAGGCUGGUGCCCACCUGUACGCCCGGGAUCGACUUGGCAGCAUUAUUUGACGCUUGAUUUCCUGAAGCUAACUAGAGUGACGAAAAUCACCUUCGAAGAGGUCGCGGGCAUGUUGAGUGUUAAGGAAUUUAGGUUGCAGUACUCACACAACGGACAGUUAUUCACAGAUGCCUGUCAGAGCAUCAUACCGGUACCGACUAGCGGGGAGGUAAUCUUACCAAGCGAGUGUCGCAUCGAGGCUCGAUUCGGCCGCAUUUUCAUCCUCAGUGUGAGUAAUGGUCUUGGUACAGCUGCAAUAGAGCCUGGUGUUACUCCUAUCGGCGUUAGAUUCCUCGACUGGUACGGUUGUUUCUUAGAGACCACGCCUGAUGUCUGCUCCACCGCGCUCACCACCCUGUACUCAGACAACUACAAGGAAUGGCGUCACAUGGCCUACGACGAGGCCAACGCCAUCUUCUACUUCUGUGAUGUCUCCCUCAAGGACAAUAAUAAGGGUGAUAAUAAGGCCAAGGUGUGCUUCACUACCACUGACGGCUCAUCUUGGAUCGCCCUGCCCAAGUACAUCGGCAGUCUUGUGGGAUAUGAUGCAACCACCAAAGCCAUGUAUGCUUAUGAUAGGAAGAGGACUGCCAUGGUGAAGAGCAUUGAUGGCAUCAAUUGGUCCAUCGUAGCUGACGCAGAUCACGCUACCAUCACAGCAGCUGUAGUUCCCCCUACCCCUAUCCCAGGGAAACCGAGUGCUACUUUGGGGGUACUCACCGCUGGACCAUGGACAGCCGACUUCGAUGGCCUGUCGCUCGCCGGGGCGAACAAAGCUAAGUGGGCAAACUGCUGCUCUUAGACGCCAGGUGCUCCCCCCCCCCCCCCCCCCAAAGUGCGACUACCUACUCCUCCUUGCUGCUGAUCUAGAUCCUCCAGCUGACCUGCCCAAGCGAUGAUGAAACACAAGCAAUACACGAAGAGACAGGCAAAAACAUAUCAAAAUACAGGCUUAUCCUAGAUUAAAGUUUAUGUAAAAAAAUAAUAAGUGUCUGUUGACUAUAACAGCACCACACUCGUAUAUUUUUGAUAAGUCGGUGUGGUUUUGGUCUCUUGUGGGUUAAGUACUGAGGUUUCUAAGACAUUUAGAUGCUUGAUUCACAGCUUAUGGCUGACUAUAUCUCUCCCGUUUUUUUCAGGACAGUAUCUAUGAACAAAGAUCCUUCACGGACUUAGUGUUGUUAAUACUUAGAUCUUUAUAACGCUCCUACUAGACCUAGACACUAGUGUUUUAUGGUUGUUUUCAUGACCAAACUCAGAUAAUGACAUGAACGUACAAAGAUAAAAAUUAACAAUACCUGAUACUAUUUUAUCAAAGUGUGUCGUAGCUUUGCCAGGCGUUUAGGAGUUCUUGUACUAUUACUUUCAUAUAUCCAGUGUGUGAGCUUUGUAAUCCAUAUAAAUAUAUUAAGUUUUCACUGAUAUUGCAUAAGCGAGUGUA